GUCUCGCGAGAUGUCAUAUUUCAUAGAUUUGAAACAUGGCGUCGGAAGGAGAAGCGGGUAGUGCUUCUGUUGUUGAACCAGAUAAUGGAGACUGUGAUGCUGGAUUAGGGGACCUGACAGGCAACAUGGACACUGAGUCAUCAAAUGGCAAAGAGGCCAUGGACACGGGUGGUGAGGGUUUGGAGGCGGCGGACACCCAGACAGGUUCUGGGGACGAGGAAAGCGGCAGGCACCAGGGAGAGGUGGAGCUGCAGUGUGCUCUCUGUAUGAAGUGGUUCACAGCCGACACCUUCAGCAUCGACACCGCGACUUGUUUGCCUUUCAUGACCAACUAUGUGUUCCAUUGUAACGUGUGUCAUCACAGCGGCAACACCUACUUCCUCAGGAAACAAGCCAACCUGAAGGAGAUGUGUCUGACUGCCCUGGCUAACCUCACAUGGAGGUCCAGGACUCAGGAAGAGCACCCCAAGACGAUGUUCUCCAAAGACAAGGACAUCAUCCCGUUCAUUGAUAAAUACUGGGAGUGUAUGACCACCCGACAGAGACCUGGAAAGCUCACCUGGCCCAACAACAUAGUCAAAGCCAUGAGUAAAGAGCGGGAUGUGUUCCUGGUGAAGGAGCAUCCAGACCCAGGCAGUAAGGACCCAGAGGAGGACUACCCCAAGUUUGGCCUGCUGGACCAGGAUCUGGGAAACAUUGGACCAUCUUACGACAACCAGAAACAGACCACCGCUGCUCCCACUCCUGGAGGGCUCAACGGUGGACCUUGUUUCUCAGGUGGUCUGGCCCCCGGCCCAGGGAAGGGUAGGGGAGCCAAGCGUAAGCAGCAGCAGCAGCAACAGGAGGGAGCCACAGCCGGAGCAGCCAAGAGAACACGCAGUGACCCUCUGUUUUCGGCCCAGCGUCUACCCCCCCAUGGUUACCCCCUGGAGCACCCCUUCAACAAAGAUGGCUACCGCUACAUCCUAGCAGAGCCGGACCCCCAUGCCCCCGACCCAGAGAAACUAGAGCUGGACUGCUGGGCUGGGAAACCCAUCCCCGGAGACCUCUACAGAGCCUGUCUCUACGAGAGAGUACUGCUAGCCCUGCACGACAGAGCCCCCCAGCUGAAAAUCUCAGAUGACCGUCUGACAGUGACAGGGGAGAAGGGUUACAGCAUGGUCAGAGCCUCCCACGGUGUCAGGAAAGGAUCCUGGUACUUUGAGGUCUCCAUCGAUGAGAUGCCCCCGGACACCGCAGCCAGACUGGGCUGGUCUCAGCCCCUAGGUAACCUGCAGGCCCCUCUGGGAUAUGAUAAGUUCAGCUACUCGUGGCGCAGUAAGAAAGGGACACGCUUCCACCAGUCUGUGGGGAAACACUACUCCUCAGGCUACGGACAAGGAGACACUCUGGGCUUCUUCGUAGAACUGCCGGACGGCACUGAGACAGCCAAGGCACUGCCUGACACGUACAAAGACAAGGCGCUGAUUAAGUUUAAGAGCUAUCUGUACUUUGAGGAGAAGGACUAUGUGGACAAGGCAGAGAAGAGCCUGAAGACUGUUACCCCCAGCAGGAUGCUGUUCUAUAAGAAUGGGGUGAACCAGGGUCAGGCCUAUGAGAACCUGUUUGAGGGGCUUUACUUCCCUGCCAUCUCUCUCUACAGGGGCUGCACGGUGUCCGUUAACUUUGGACCACAUUUCAAACACCCUCCAAAGGACAUCAAGUACCAGCCAAUGAGUGACAUGGGCUGGGGAGCAGUGAUCGAACACACGUUGGCUGACAUGCUGUACCAUGUAGAGACGGACGUGGACGGACGACGUAGCCCGCCCUGGGAAGGAUAAACGCACGCGCACACCAGAGCUCAACACACAGACGGCCAGUUGAGUGUUUGGACAAAGGCACGGAGGAGUCCAUUCCAGCAGAUAUAGGUGGGCUGAUGUCGACCUGAACACUGACACACCGUACUCUCACUGUACUCUUUAAACAUUACCUUCAUUAGUAACUUUGAAAAAAUCAUAA